CUGCCCUGAAGCAGCAAUGCACGCUUUGGGGGCAGCCCCACUGGGCGUGAGCAACGGGACCCCCCCUGGCCCCUUUGACGGGCCGCAGUGGCCCCACCUGGCCCCCUGGGGCGCCUACGCCGCGGUGGCCGUCCUCAUGGGGCUGGUGGUGGUCGCGGCUUCCGUGGCCAAUGGCCUGGUCCUCGUGGUCUCCGCCCAGUACAAGAAGCUGCGCUCGCCGCUGAAUUACAUCCUGGUGAAUCUGGCCGUGGCCGACCUCCUGGUCACCUUCUUCGGGAGCACCGUCAGCUUCGCCAACAACGUCCGGGGCUUCUUCGUCUUGGGCCGGGUGGUGUGCGAGUUGGAAGGCUUCUUGGUCUCCUUAACAGGGGUCGUGGGGCUGUGGUCCCUGGCCAUCCUGGCCUUUGAGAGGUACCUGGUCAUCUGCAAACCGGUGGGAGAUUUCCGCUUCCAGCAGAGGCACGCCGUGACGGGCUGCGUGUUCACCUGGGUGUGGGCGCUGGCCUGGACGGUGCCCCCACUUUGGGGUUGGAGCAGCUACGUCCCUGAAGGCCUUCGGACGUCCUGCGGCCCCAACUGGUACACCGGGGGCAGCCUCAACAACAGCUACAUCCUGGCCUUGUUUGUGACGUGCUUUGCCAUGCCUCUCAGUAUGAUCCUCUUCUCCUAUGCCAGCCUGCUCAUGACGCUGCGAGGGGUGGCCGCACAGCAGAAGCAGCUGGAGACCACUCAGCGGGCGGAGAGGGAGGUGACCCGGAUGGUCGUCACCAUGGUGCUGGCCUUCCUGGUGUGCUGGCUGCCCUAUGCCACUUUUGCCCUGGUGGUGGCCACCAGCCAAGACCUCCGCAUCCAGCCCUCCCUGGCCUCUCUGCCUUCCUACUUCUCCAAGACCGCCACCGUCUACAACCCCGUCAUUUAUGUCUUCAUGAACAAGCAGAACCACCACACAGCCCAGAGUCGUCCAGAAGCGGAGGGGCUCCUCGGAGGACCAGUUCCGUGCAGAUCUGCCACUUCCAGCUUGAGAGGUCCGGCUCCCUACAGAUUGCAGCCGCCGCUCCUGCUGGGGGCCUGAUUACAAGAAGCCCUGAAGAGGCAUGAGUGGAGGCACCUGGAACCCAGGCCUGAGGACACCUGCUGGGCUGCCCAUCUUCCCAUGGAUGCACCUGGCCACAGACAUGAGCGUAGCAGCCCUGCGGGAUCAGGCCCAAGGAGGCCCAUCGAGCCCAGCACCCAGUGGCCCACCAGGAUGCCUCGGGGGAGCCCACAGGCAAGAGAGGUGAUCCCGGCUCUUCCGGAUCCGACUCGGUCAUGACACAAGGCGGGCGUGUGUGUGUGUGUGUCGGACUGAAGGCUACGCCUGGGAGAUGACCGCCAUCGACGUGCUCACGGCCAGGUAAUGGGAACCUCGCUGUAGACUCGCUGCUACUUCCAUUCUGCCCGUCUGGCUAUGGCCCUCCACACACAGCGGCAGCGUUGGCAGCUGUGGGAAGACGUCCUUAUUCUCAAUGGCCACUAGUCGGGAGAGCACAAGAACAGCCCAGCUGGAUCAGGCCCAAGGAGACCUCUCUCGUCCAGCAUCCGAUCUCACACAGUGGCCCACCAGAUGCCUCUGCGAAGGCCGCAGGCAAGAGGAGGAGAACAUGCCCUCUCUCCGGCUGUUGCUCCGAACACCCUGCUUCAAUAGGAUAGCUUUCAUCUUAGGACGUUAAUGGCCAAUUGGCCAUUUCCUCGAGUGUUAGGUUUACGUAGAAACUGCAACACUUUUUCAUCCUCGCAGUGUUCCCUCUAACAGGGAUUCCCAGAAUCCCCAAGCAAAGGCCAUUGUAGCUGGGGAUUCGGGGAGUUGUAGUCAAUAACAUCUGGAAAUCCCUGUUAGAGGGAACACUGCUCGCAAUAUAUCUCUCCAGAAAGAUAGAUAUGGGUGGCUUUUUUAGUGUCCCAUUUCACAGACAUAUACAGAUCUGUAUCUCACAUAGGUAGUUUUAUUAGAUACUCAGUCUUGUAUGGUAUCAUAUUGUUUUAAUUGUAUUUUGAUAACGUAGGCCUUUAUUUUGGAGCCAUAGAAAUCUUUGGCUCAUGUCUGACCAUAACCCUGCUUGCUGCCUGCCUAUUUUGGAGUUUUGCUUGUCUGCAAGAACAGUUUGCUGUUAGCAUUAUGGAACUGUCGUCAUACACGCGACUCUGAACAGGGCAAUGAAACUUGGGAUGAACUCUCGUGUUGAACCUGUUUGUUUUGCAUGUAUAGCUAUGUAAUCAAUUUGAUACUGUUUGAAUGGUUGUACUUUAUACAAGGGAAUCUUCUGUGUGUACUUAUUAUUUGUAAUUAGGUACACACAUCAAUCGUUGGGGUGUGUGUGUAUAGAAGUAUAGCUAUGACCCUUUGCUUGUGGCGAUCAGGCUGCUUUGAAAAAGUACUUUGCUCCCUGUGUUCCGAUGAAAUUCAUUGUACCAGCUCCUUGGCUGACCACAAGGAAAGGAGAAGUAGUGACUGCCCUUGCAGUCUUCGUCCAUUAGAGGUACUGAAUGUAUUGUGUUGUUAUUCAAUGUUAUUGGAUGAUAAUAUAUUGAUGUAUUAUCCAAUGUAUUGAAUAAGAGGGGAUUUUUAAUUUAUGCUUUUGAUCUAUACUUCUGACCAGAAGUAUGAGUCAAAAACUGGCAGAUUAAGAUUUUGGGGGAGUCAUUUCUUUCUUUUCUUUUUCAUCUGUUCCCAAAAUGGGGAGGUUAGUCUGGUUUCACUAUGUCAAUUGGAUGUUUGAAGAACAUCUAUAUAUACGAGAAAUGACCCUUUUGUUUUCAAGAAUGACUGCAACCCAGACAUGAAACCUGUCUGACAUUGAUCAUCUGAUGAUGAUAUCAUUGCGCUCUCAAUGUAAAUUUGCAAAGUGUUGUGAUUUAUACUCAUCCUCUAUGACAUCUUCCGAAUUAAUAGUGGGAGGCCUUUUGUUCUAUAAAGUAACCUAUCAGGAUCUACUGUGCAUCCCAGACCGCCAUCUUGGGAGGUACAAAAUAGAAACGGUGUAAGACCAUGGAGGGGCUGAGCUAGUUUUUGUUUCCCCUUUUGGUGGGGUGGGGGGAGGAGAGCAUUUCAUGUGUGUCUUGUCCUGUCUCCCCUUUGGGGAGAGAAAACUUCUCCCCUGUUGUGUCUCCUCUUUUGCGGGGAGAGAACCUUUCUCCUUCUUGAAUCUUCUCCCUCUCUUUCUCCUGACUUAGUUGUGGGCUUCAAGCUCUGGCUUUAGUCCAUUUGACUUUUAUCAGGUCUCGGUUUGAGCUCUAUCCUUCGUGCAGCCUCUGCAGGUUGCAGCAACAGGAGUGGUGAGAUAUCUUGUUCUGUUCAAGGGAUUUGAAUCUGUGCUUAAUAUGUCUAGAUUGGUAAAAUUGGUUUUGUUUGCUUCUGCUAAUGUAUGCUCUGCUAAUUGAUUACUAAUGUAAUUCAAAAUAAAAGGGUUAUCCUGAUA